UCAGCUGCCGCCGCUCGUGCCCUCGCCCCGCGCGGCGCCCCCCGACCGCCAGACAUGGAGGCGGCCACCGCUCACCGGGAGAUACAGUGGAGCGGCGUGGCUCUGCCGCUCGACCUGCUCGUCAGCUCCUACCGACUACCCCAACUCGUCAGGCUGGACACCGGAGAAACCGUGGAAGGGAUACGAGAGAAUGAUUUGGUUUUGCUUCAUUCAUGCCGGCAAUGGACAACUAUCACUGCCCACAGCUUGGAAGAGGGCCAUUAUGUUAUAGGGCCAAAAAUAGAGAUCCCUGUUCAUUAUGGAGGACAGUUUAAGCUACUGGAACAAGACCGAGAUAUCAAGGAGCCCGUUCAAUAUUUCAGCAGUGUGGAAGAGGUGGCAAAGGCAUUCCCUGAGCGAGUGUACGUCAUGGAGGAAAUAACAUUCAAUGUUAAGGUAGCGUCAGGGGAAUGCAAUGAAGACACAGAGGUGUACAACAUCACUCUCAGCACUGGGGAUGAGCUUACUCUCAUGGGACAAGCAGAAAUCCUUUAUGCAAAAACAUCAAAGGAAAAGUCGAGACUUAACACUAUCUUUAAAAAAAUUGGGAAAUUGAACUCGAUCAACAAGUUGGGACGAGGCAAGAUGCCCUGCCUAAUAUGUAUGAAUCACAGGACCAAUGAAAGCAUUAGUCUUCCUUUCCAAUGCAAAGGUCGAUUCAGCACACGCAGCCCCCUGGAAAUACAGAUGCAGGAGGGUGAACAUACUAUUCGUAACAUUGUUGAAAAGACUAGAUUACCAGUGAAUGUUACGGUGCCGUCCGCCCCCCCACGAAAUCCCUAUGAUCUACACCUCAUCCGGGAGGGCCAUCGCUACAAGUUUGUUAAUAUCCAAACUAAAACUGUUGUGGUGUGCUGUUUACUUCGGAAUAACAAAAUGAUUCCAAUGCAUUUUCCGCUUCAUUUAGUUGUGCCAAAGUUUACCCUCCCUGAAGGCCUCAUUCAAGGAGAGACAUGGUACGAGAGCACAAUUCAGUCCUGGUUCAACAUUUGCCAGGAACAGUUUGAUAUUGAUGAAUAUUCACGAGCUGUUCGGGACGUGAAGACUGAUUGGAGUGAAGAUUGUAAGAGCCCAAAGAGAAACAGAUGUACUGGGCACAGUCACAUUCCAAACUCCCUUAGUUAUGCUCGUGAAGAACUUACACAGUCUUUCCAUCGACUUUCAGUAUGUGUUUAUGGUAACAAUUUGCACGGCAAUAGUGAAGUGAAUCUCCAUGGCUGUAGAGAUCCUAGCAGUGAGUGGACCCUUUUUUCUCAUGAAACCCUUACAUUACAGGACUCCGGAGACAGUGCGAGUGAUUAUCUCUUGCCUGAAGUAACUGAAGAAUCUGCUGGAACCCAGUCACGUUCAGAUCUUCCUUAUGAAGAACUCUGGUUAGAUCAGGGAACCUGGAGACGAUAUGGGCAAGAUCUUUACUGUUCUUCAGGAGAGAGAAUGAAAUCUGGUUGUCAGAAAGGUUCCAUCCACUCCAAAUGCGCCGUAUCUUCGACCCUUUCUACUCAAGGUUCUUUGUCCACAGUUAAAUCGCCAUCUGAUAUUUCUCUACCUCCGCCACCAGUGCCUCCAAAGUCUGAAGCUGUAAAGGAAGAAUGCAGGCUUCUGAAUACCCCGCCAGUGCCCCCACGGAAUACCAAACCAUCAUCACUUAGUCCCUCCAUUCCUCCUCGACAAAUACGCCAGCAGGCGCGUUCUCCUAGUCCCACUCUAUCUUAUUAUUCUUCUGGAUUGCAUAACAUUUUUGCCACAGAAAGCGAUAUACCUCCAACACAUGAGCAACACGCCGCAGCUUCCUGUUACCCUUGUAACUGGAUUAAACUUGGUGCUAUGGACAGUGGUACUAAAUCCCCCGUCAAAAGCCCCAGAUUGGACGUUCUGUCAAAUCGGUCAUCGUGGCCAAGCCAUCACUCUGGUGAUGCUGAAGGUCUAGAUAUCGGGGAGUUUGGAGCCAAACACAGAAGUUACUACAGUUAUCCUCGUCAGAAGAUUCCUGGUCCAAAGAGCAAUGUGCCCAUACACUUUCAGUUUGUUGACUGUGAAUGCAGUGAAGGCUGUGAGAAGCAUACAAUGAAUACUUUUGGUGAGAAACAGUCCAAAGGUAGUGGCUUCAAUUUUAUUUUUGCCGGAUGUCCCAAAUCUGCUUGUUAUUCAUUAGACAGCAAUGAGGAUAAAUCUUUAGCAGACAGCAAUGCACAGCAAAAUCAAUCAUGCGCCACCUUACCUGCACCUUCACUGAAACUAAGUGAUGAGGAACUAGUUGACCUGGAAGCACUAUGUUUGCCUUCAACUAUAGAUGGGGCAGAGGAUGACCAUCAGAUGUGUUCAACAAAUCUACCUGAAGACCAUAAUUGUGUUAAAGGUGUACGAGAUAUAUUUUCUUAUCCUUUUUCUUCUCCUCUGCACCUACAAUUAGCACCACGUUCAUGUGGUGAUGGGUCACCCUGGGAGCCACCAGCUGACCUUUCGGGGCUUUCCAUAGAAGAUGUGUCAAAGUGCCUGAGAUUUAUCGGACUAUCUGAGGAUGUAGUGUCAUUGUUUGUUGCUGAAAAAAUUGAUGGAAAUUUACUUGUACAACUUACCGAAGACAUACUGUCUGAGGAUUUUAAACUUAGCAAACUGCAAAUGAAGAAACUGUUACAGUUCAUCAGUGGCUGGCGGCCAAAGAUGUAGUGACUCAGAAGUGGCAUGGAUGGGGAGCCUCUGUCCUCGACGUACAUUGUUUUGCACUAAAGCCAUAACUUUUUGUACUGUAAAAAAAAUUAGUGCUGUGGCAACAAACAAUUUGCUUGUAAAGGUACUAAUUACUGGUGACUUUUGUAUGCUAAUAAAACUGACAUCCUACAACAGAAAUGACCUUGCUUAAAAGCGAACCAUGUGCAUCACUUAACUAUCACUGGCCGCUUGAACAAGCUGAAAGCAUAGAAAUCAAACUGAGUUAAUCGUCUCAUAUUGUUUUAAUUUUAAUGAGAAUACAGAGAAGUAAUUUAACCCUCUAAGUUAAGUGUUUGUGUGAUAGACAAAUGUGCAGCCCAAUUAUACUCUUCUAACUAUUGGCAAUAUGGACUGAUGUUAUAAAAGUGUUGUCAUAAAAAACAGAAGAUGCUGGAAAUGCAAAAGAUCAAUCCGUAUCUGAAAAAUAAAAAAUGUUUG